AUGGUGAGUAUUCACGCACGUUGUAAUGAUGUAUUUAUUGGACAUGCAAUUGCAUCAUAUUUUGAUACUUCCACUCAAUUGGCUCAAGAACUAAGUGAAAGUCUAUUGACUUUAGAAAGUUUUAAUGGAUCGGAUAUUAUGUCAAGAUAUCUGUAUUUAUAUCAUACAAAACGAUGUGAUUUUGGUGAAACAUUGAAAAUUGUUUAUCAAAAUUUAAAAGAUAAAAUUAUGAUUAAUGAAUCGUUGCCUAUUUCUCGUGAAAAUUGUCGUUUUGAUCAAUUGAUUAUUGAUGAAACUGUGAAAAUAACGGAUGGUAAACUUGGUGGUCAUACUGCUGGAUGUGGUCCAGUUCAUCGUUCGUUUCCUCUUGCAUUGUGUUCUUGGAUUGAUGAUGAUGAUCUAUUUGAAUUGUCGAUGAAAGAAGCAGCUCUAACUCAUUAUAGUUCAUUAGCAGGACAAGUUUCUGGUAUUGUCAAUCUAAUUUGUCGAUCAUUAAUAAAAAAUCGACCAUGGCGUGAUGCUGUUCAAUCCGCAUUUACAACGCCUUCACUACAUAAGGAUGUAUCUAGUAUUUACGGACGAUAUAAUCGUUGGAGUGAUCUUGGAAAACAAACACAUCCAGCCUAUGCUCCAGCAGUACUUAUUGAAGCACUUCAUUAUAUUGCUAAUUCAACUAAUGCAAUAGAUGCCAUUGAAAAAGCUACUACAAAGAAAAAUUCUUAUUGUUUACCAAUUAUUGGCAUAUUAGCAAGUGCUCGAUGGGGUUUUCCACUAGAUAUGUAUAACGACAAAAUUAAAGAUGGACAAUUAAAAAUAAUUCGUGAUACAGCAAAUAAAUUGAGUAAUCAAUGGUCUUUACAACAACAUAAUAUAUAUGCUUGA